GCGCGACAACAGCUCCAGUGCGGCGGAGGAGCAUAGGUCCAGUCACCGUUCUUCUGACGUCUUCAAGGAAGAUCUUCUAAGAUAUUUCACGGAAGAUCUUGUGAGGUGUUUGAAGGAAGAUCUUGUGAGGUGUUUGACGGAAGGAGAGGCGGCGGCUCGCUGUGAUAGUGACGACCCGCGCGGUGACUCCAGUGAGGGAGUGUCGGUGAUGUGCGAGCGGCCGAGGCGCCAGGCUUGCGCGGAGCUGCGAGUCGCGCGGAAGAGAUGCCCGAGCAGGUGCUGAGGGUAUUCUCUAAAGUCCAGUACAUGGGUUCGUUUCCCGUGGCCGGUCCGGACCAAGCCACUCGCGCCGAGUACAUGCGGACUCAGCUGCAGCGCAUGAGGGGAACCGCACGAACCAAAUCUGUUCUGCUGGUGAUUUCUUUGGCUGGAAUAAAAGUAUGCAGUCCAGACGGAAAGAGCGUGCACAUGGCCCACGCACUCAGGCGUAUCUCGUACGCCACGUGUGACCCGGAGCAUGCGCAGUUCUCCUUCCUGGCGCGCGAGCCCAGGGGCCACUUCAGCCUGCAGUACUGCCACUCCUUCCUGGCGCAGUCGGCGGAGCAGUACUCGCUGCACUCAGCUGCCACAGCAGUCGACGAGGUGAUCGACACAGCUGUCACGAUGGUGCCUGGCGAGUGGACGAGUACGUCCGGACAGCUCGACUCGCAGGGCGAGUAG